GGGAGAUACAGUGCACAGGACCACAGGGCGCAGACUCCACCUGACUCGGUGUGUUGUUUAAAUCUGAAGUUCAAUGUAAACCCCCACAGUGAAACAAUUUCUUUAUAGUUUAAGGGAAUUGAGGGUGUUCAUACGUCACCGAUACUAUUACAAACAAUAGGUGAAGAGUUGAACAGGAGAAAAAACAAGAGCCACCAACAUGUCCGAAGAGAUCAGUAGUGUGCGGCCAAACCCAUACAUCUUUGAUAUAGAAAAUCGAAGGAAAAGAAAACCUCGGCUAGCACAUGAUUUAGGGGCUGGAGCCAAGUGCAAUAAAUGUGGAGAUAAAUGUCCUGGUUUUGAACUUCACUUUUGGAGAAAAAUCUGCAUGAACUGUCGAUGUGGGAAGGAUGACCAUGAAGUAGAGGAUGAUGACGAGGAUAUUGGAAGGAUUGUCAUUGGCAAAUUGUUUGACCGACCACCACGCACAAAGAAAGAGGAACUGGAAUAUUGUCAUGGAAAUAAUUUGGAUGUUGUCAAUGAAGAAACAGGUAAGACAGAGAAGAUUAAGUUUGACUGGGUCCCACCAAAUAUUGAAAAAAACUUGGCUGCACGUUACAUGGCACUGCUUCCUCCAGAAAAGAGGCCAGUCGCUGGCUCAGAGGCGGCUAAAGAACGUCGAAAACAACUAGAACAGCAGCUGCCUUUGUAUGAUGUGGAUGAGGCUCAGCGGUGUGACAACAUGCCUGCUGAGGAGCUUCAGUGCUUCCAUGCUUACCUUGAACGCAUCAGGACCCAAGUAGCUGGGCAAGGCAUGGUUCAAGAAAUUGUUGGUGUUCCAACCAGAUCAAUGGCACAAUCACUACUUAAUCAACAGCUAUAUGAGAGUUUCCCACAAGACUCUGGUAAAAACAUUGAUAACACAACAAAUAUUGGCAAUCACCCUGAUGCUUUCGCAGGAAGCCCUUCGGUAUAUGGAGUCACCCCAGAUGAUCACAUUCUUCGAAAUAAAAAUCAGCUACAUACAGAUGACGAGCAUUAUAGUCAGCCUUUUAGGCAACCGGGAAUACAACCAGACAAUAAAAGGUCCAGCUUACGAGAUAAAUUUAUCGGAGAAAUGAUUGGCGACUAUGGUGACCCUGUCAAUUUCAAGGGAGAGUCAGUGGCUAAGAGUGAGAAGUAUGCAGUUGCUCCUCAGACUUCCCAACCUUUAAGAGGUUUGGGUGCUGGCCAAGACUUGGAUAGAAUUGCAGCUGGUUUGUCCGAUUUGGAUAUCAACAGAAAUCAAAAGAUGGGGGCUACUGGACAAGGUGGUAUACCAGGUCAUCAAUAUGCUGGACUGGGUCAAAAGAAUACCUUGCCAAGGCCUUACAAUGGUAACCUGCCAAGCUAUAAAGUAGGCCAGCCAGGUUACAUGCCAGGUCAAGAAGGAUAUGUGCCAGAUAAUCAAGGUUUCAGACCAGUUCAAGAAGGAUAUGUACCAGGCCAGCAAGGCUCUAUGCCAGGACAGGAAGGCUAUGUACCAGGUCAGCAAGGGCUUGGACAAGGUCAACAAGGUUAUGUACCAGGUCAACAGGGCCCUAUGCCAGGUCAAGAAGGCUAUGUACCAGGUCAGCAGGGCUUUCUACCAAGUCAAGGUUAUGUACCAGGCCAAAAAGGCUAUAUACCAGGUCAGCAGGGCCCUAUGCCAGGUCAAAAAGGCUACAUACCAGGUCAGCAGGGUCCUAUGCUAGGUCAAGAAGGCUAUAUACCAGGUCAGCAGGGUCCUAUGCUAGGUCAAGAAGGCUAUAUACCAGGUCAGCAGGGUCCUAUGCCAGGUCAAGAAGGCUAUAUACCAGGUCAGCAGGGUCCUAUGCCAGGUCAAGAAGGCUAUAUACCAGGUCAGCAGGGUCCUAUGCUAGGUCAAGAAGGCUAUAUACCAGGUCAGCAGGGUCCUAUGCCAGGUCAAGAAGGCUAUAUACCAGGUCAGCAGGGUCCUAUGCCAGGUCAAGAAGGCUAUAUACCGGGUCAGCAGGGUCCUAUGCCAGGUCAAGAAGGCUAUAUACCGGGUCAGCAGGGUCCUAUGCCAGGUCAAGAAGGCUAUGCACCAGGGAAACGGGGACUCUUACCUGUUCAGCAGGGUUAUAUGCCCUGUAAAGAGAACAAUGUGUCAAGACAACAAGCCUACACCCCCAAUAAAGAGACUACAAUCCAUGGUUACCAGAUGGGUGCAUCAGAGACCUCUAAGCAGCUGGCUGGGCAAGAAGCUGGCAUCCCUCAUCUAAGGAGUAAUAUAGAAGGAGCCCAAGAUGUAAUGCCUGGCCAACAAGGCAGAAUGCCAUUGCAACAAAUGAAAGCUAAAGAUGGGAGUGUUGCUGCUGUAGAAGCUAUGCAGGCACCAUAUGGGGCACGUGUGGACACCUUAACAGGAGGGAUGUCAGUUGCACCUGGCACUGAUGUGACAGUGCUCUUCCCUGGAGAAAGUCAAGUUCUUGGUUCUCAAAUUAAAUAUAGUGAUAUACCACAGAAGAGCAAAUUCUCAUGUCAGUAUUGCAAUCUUCCAAUGAAUGUUGGUGAUGUGGCCAUUUUCUGUGAAAGAGCAGGAUCAGAAAAGUGUUGGCACCCAGCCUGCUUCUGUUGCUACACGUGUAAAGAGCUGUUGGCUGACCUCAUUUAUUUCUACAAAGACGGGAAGGUGUUUUGUGGACGACAUUUCACAGAUGCAGCUGAUAUCCCCAGAUGUAAAGCUUGUGAUGAGCUGAUCUUUGGAAAUUCCUGGACUCGAGCAGAUGGUUUUGACUGGCACAUUCAUCAUUUCUGCUGUAAUGUGUGUGAUUUACCAAUGGCAGGACAGCGUUAUGUUCCAGACAAAGAUGGUUAUCCCUACUGUCUUCAAUGCUACAUGUCUUGUUUGGCUAAGAUGUGCGAGACUUGCGAGGAGAAAAUACCACCAGAGGAAAACCGUUGUGGUCAUCGAGGUUACUUUUACCAUGCAAAUCCCCAGUGUUUCCGAUGCCACUCCUGUAAAGAGCCGCUCCUUGGCAAGAAAUUCAAGAUGUCCAAGAACUGGCUUUUUUGUUCUAACGAGUGUAUACAGGCAGCAGCUGAGGAUCUGGCUAACAACCCAAAUCCAAAGGAAAAACCAUUAUAAAAAGAAUUGAGUAACUGUUUAUGUGAUGAUGAAUGGGGGGUAGUGGGAGGAGAGUCUGUUGUGCUCUUUAUUUUGGCUAUUCACUGGUGUACUGAAAAGAAGCUUGCAAGACUAAAGAAACUAUAUAUAUUUUAUUGUAACUCAUCAUUCCUAGGAGUAUUUUAAGGUAAAUGAAUGUAUUCUUAUUAAUAAUAGAAGAAAAUGUACUAGCUAUAAUUGUAAACAAGUGAUAGUACAGUAUACAGUAAAUUAUAUUAGACAAGGUAAUUACUAUAUAUUAAUAGAUUUAAGUACAGGUUCCCCUCACUUAUGCUGAUGAGGGUUGCUUUCCUAAAAUAGGCCGACCUAAGUGAAACCAGCAUUGAUACAAUACAGGCUUCCAUAGUAAAAUAGGGAGUAUGUUCCUAGCAAUAGCCAAAGUCCCUGUUUUUAAAAAUAAUGUACUUUUGUAUUGAAGUUUUCAUACAUUGACUAAUAGUAAUUUUAAACUUAUAUAUAAGCAAAUUGUAUUGAAUGAAAAUUAUAAAUGAAUUUACUUAUCACUACAUUCAGCACCUUUAAUGACAGAGCUCAGUGGUAGUGAUUUGUGGUUUUGGUCAGAUCCAUGCAACUGAUUUUGUUCUAACAUGUAAAGUAUUUUCAUUGUUGUUGUUGUUAUCUUGGUUAAGAAUAUAUAUAUUACCAUUAUGCUACUGAACGGCACUUAUGAUAGUGUUUGCAUUCCUCAGGCAAAUCUGCAGCUAUUUCACCAUUUUCAAGACUUUAAUAUCUCCAACUUAGCUUCUUCACUGUUCGUAUAAUUGUACUUGUAGAAGAGCUUGAAGGAUACUUUAGGGGAGACAUUAUCACUGGCAAAAUGCUAAAUAUGUAUUAUUGAGAAAAACAAUUUUUUAUAAAGAACAAGCUCUUGGGGCACUCUAGCAAACCAAAUGUUUUCCCCAGAUAUAUUACGUACGAGAUACACUCCUAUGUAUGUGUGAAUCUGUUUCUUGCAAAGUAGUCACAAAUAAGGGCAACCUGUGUGUGUGUUCCAAACAUUUUUUUUUGCUGUAAAAUGGAUUUAGGGCCAGGAUUAGAGGAGCAGACUCAAUAUCCUCCAUAUGGUCGGGUUGGAGACGAAAUAUGGAUGUGAAAGGACCAGAUUUUAGGAAUCUAAGUGUGUAUUGAAAGUUGUAUGUGGAGUAUUUCUAUGUGAUCGUUCAUCCCUCUCCUAUCAGUUUCUACAUCUUUUUCCUUUUAUCCCUCACCUCUCUCUCUUGAGGUCUCUCUAUCCCUUGAUGCACCUAACACAAAAGUAGGAAAAUAGUCAAGAUAAUUAUUAGGUUAGUAAUAGACAGGUCUACUGAUGCCUAGUGCAGGUAUGUGCAGUAACAGUGUGUAUAAUUUUAUAUAGAAAUGAGAUAUGUGUAAAUCAUCAUCAUCAUAUGUUGAAUAGUUCAGAUGGAAGAGGAGAGGUAUUCAGAAUAGCCAGGCAUAUACUGUAGUGGGUAGAAACAAGGGUGGUGAAGAACGGCAUAUAGGAAAUGAUCAAAGUAAUGUGGUUGUUGGUAACAAGGAAAUCAAUGAUACCCGGAGAAAAGACAAUGAUCAAUUACUAAACGAGGAGUGCGAGUGGGACGGGCAGCCUCGGGGUGGUAGAACCAGUACAAAGACCAUGCCCAAGGAAUGAAAGAGAAUUGGUGAAGAAAGUGACCACAAAAUGAAGAAUGGAAAGGUGGCUGAAAGUUCUGGUAUAGUUGCAGAAAUGCUUAGAGCAUCAGGCAAUGUAGGUUUGUCAUUGGUGACCAAAUUGACUAAUGCAAUAAUAAUGGAAGGUAUUUACUGUUCACGACUGAAGGAUGAGUGGGAGUGUCAUUAUUUGUAAGUGAUAUAGCUAUAAUCCAUAAACCUUGUUAGAUAUGCUUGCUUUUGUUCCAUUAUACAGUUUCCUUCAUGAUAGAAAAUUACAGUAGUAUUUCAUACUAGAAGACUGCAUCAAGGUUCUUAUAGCUUCAGUCAUUAGGAAUACUGUACAGUACAGUGUAGCUAUUUCAGUAUAAAAGUUCUUAUUUCCAUUGUACAGUACAGUACUGUAUUAUCCUGUAGAAGCAAAGUUUAGAAUUUCAUGGUUGAGCUGACCCACAGAUAGUAUAGUACAGUACUUUAAAAAAAUAUUAAAUUCCGACAUGCAGAAAUUCUAGAAAAUGCAAAAAUUUUGGAAAUAUGUGAUAUGAUUUCGUAUGAAUAAAUUUUCAAUAAGUAGG